AUGGGGAACGGCAAGGGGAAGGCCAAGGAGAUGUCGCCGCAGGAUGCCGCGCUGCUCAUCCAGAUGAACUACAGGGCGCACCUCGCCCACCGCUCCCAGGUGCUCAGCUGCCUGUGCGAUCUCGCCAUCGCCAAGGCCAAGCUCAAGGAGCUCCGGUCCCUCUUCUACAACCUCUCCUACAGGCGCCGCCUCUCGCACGACCACGAGGAGCGCCAGAGGUUCUCCGAGAAGAUCAUUGUCCUGCUCCUCACUGUCGAAGCGCUCGAGAAGAUAUCCUACCAUCUAUAUGAGGCUUGGCGUGGACGUCAAGAUGAGUGGCAGCUGAUGCGGAAUUAUUAG